AUGGAAACUCAAAAGGUGCAGAAAAAACAGUGUGAUGUGAAAACAGAUCUGAACUUACUGCUUGAAUGCCUUAAAUAUCAGAUGGACCACCCUGUAUCUCAGAAAGAGGCUUUGGUUACUAUUUACUCAAUUUGUCAACAAAACAGUGAAGCAAGUGAAUAUUUUCGAGAAAUUGGUGGUUUGAAGUUUAUAAAUGAUCUUGCAAAGUCAAGUAUUCAUGGCAUAGUAAAGGAAGCAGCUUUGUUUACAUUAGGAAUUAUAAUGGAGAGUAACGUUUAUUGUCAACAAACUUUGUGUACUUCUGCAUUGUUUGAAGACCUUAUUUUAUUUUUAACUAAUAAAGAUUCUGGUGUGAACUUGAAAAGAAUGUCUGUUUAUGUCAUCUUAGUACUGGUUACCAAUAAUAGUAAUGGGCAAACCUAUGUCAGAGACACAGGGUGCAUUGGCCUGCUGCUACAGUUAUUCAGAACAACUCUUUCCACAUCUGAGAUCAAUCUGUCAGAUGAAGAUACUAAUCAGUGCUAUCAGCUGUGGUCCUCGGUCUGCAGUACUCUCUGUGCCUGUGUUAACAAUCCCCAGAAUGAAGAUAAUCAAAACAUUUGCUCUUCAGUUUUCCCAUAUGCCAAAGAGUGGCUGGAAAAUAGCACGAAGCCUGAGAUAGUUCGUCCUAUUUGUUCAUUUGUUGGUCUCACAGUUGCAAAUAACUCAUAUGUGCAGAAAUAUUUUGUUUCUGUUGGAGGACUGGAUACAUUAGCUAGAGUUCUUACCAGGCUUAUGCAUGACUCCAGUAUGAGCCACUCCAGCACAAAACUUGCAAUAGUAGUAACAAAGACUCUGGAUGCCUGCAUUGCUAAUGACUCUACCAUAGGUGGUGUCUUGACAAAGUACCACACUGUGUCAGAGCUGCUUAAGCUGCUGUCCAAUGACACUCUGGAUACAAGAGAAAAAAUGAGUAUUAUUCUAACCAUUGGACACUGUACCGAAGUUUGUGAAGAAAACCAGUGUGAGCUACUCCAGAACAAUGGUCUUCCACUUAUGAUUCAGGUAUUAACCGAGACUCAGGAUGAGGAACUAAACAAAGCUGCUACUUUUGUGCUGCAAAACUGCAAACAAAUGACUAAACAAUUGUUCCUGAAAAUAGAUGAUAAUUCAUUAAAUGUAACCAACACAGAGGAGUUGGACAGGCAAGUCAGAAAAAGAAGUCUAGAAGACUACUGGAAGGACGCAAAAGGAAUUUUAUACAGAAUAAACUUGCUUGAAAAAGACCAUAAUGAGGAAAGAAUGCAAGGAAGAGUGUUUGUAGAAAGAACUUCAGAAGCCAAUAGUGAAGCAUCAAAAUGCUAUGAGGUGAAUCCUGCUGAUGCAGAAACUUACAUAGCAAGAACACAUAAAGAAAUACAUUUUCCACAGUUGGAUGGUCAGGUUCUUUCUCCAUCUGUAAAUCCUUCUGCACUGAAAAAUGAAAUAGUUAACACUAUGAAUCUAGUAAAUGCUUCUGUGAGACAAAGUAAACAGAGGAAUAGUCUGUGUUCAGUUAAUGAACUGCAAACAGACAGUGUACUUCAAAGUCACACUAUGAAUGAAAGAACUGCUUGUGUAAAAAAUCAGUCUAUUCAAGUAAGUGAGCACUUAUUUAAAAAACCAGCAGAGAUCAUUAAAAACAUGAAACAGACAUGCACAUCAGAUCAACACUCAGAGAUAAGCAAAGGAGAAAGAAGUACUUCAGCUACAUCUGCAUCCCAUAAAAUGGGUGAUGUCAGGUGUUCAGGUUGUAAAGCAGGAGGACUGUCGUUCAACAGUAGAACCUUUACCAAGACGUUGCAAAGUUGUCCGUACCAGUGUGACCAUCACGAAGUCAUUUUAGAAGCUGAAGAAAGAUAUAAAAAGGGACUUCGAAAAUUGAGUCUUUGUAACAACAGGAGAUAUGCAGCUUCUGAGAGUAUUAUUUUGACUCCAAUUAGAAAAAACCAAUCAAAUACUUCAAAUAGAGAUGGACAUAGUAAAAAUGAUAGGUUGACUGACGACUGUAACUUGAUACCUACGUAUAAAAAGUCUUUCCAAAAAAGCCAAGGUGCUAACUUGAAGAGGCAGAGAAUCAAAAAAAUGUGCAACCAGGAGUGUCCGUGCUUAAAAGAAAAUUGUGUGUACCCAGUUGACAGAAACGAGAACAAUGAAAAAUAUUCCAUGGAGACAAACACAAAAACUUUAAACAAGAGAAGAACCCGAAAAGAUUUCACAGCUGAAGAAAUAAACUAUCUUUUGAGUGGAGUGAAAAGAAUAGGUAACCAUUGGAAUGUAAUUUUGUGGUCUUAUCCAUUUCAGAAAGGACGGACAAAUGUUGACCUUUCAAAGAAGUACUACAGGUUACAGUUGCAAGUAAUCAUAAUUUUUUUUUCUACUAAUCAU